AUGACCUCUACACUUCCUUACUUGACCAGUCCUACGACCACCCAGCAGAGCAAUUCCGAUCACAAAAAGCUGCGCUCUGCCUGUGAUUCGUGCCAUCAGUGCAAGGUCAAGUGCUCCGGGGGGUCUCCAUGUUUCCGUUGCACGUCAAAGGGCUUGAAUUGUCGCUACGGUUAUCAAAACAGGGCAGGAAAGCCCAAAGGGAGCAAAAACCGGAAGACAUUAGAGAGGGAGCAUCAGCUACGGAUGGAAUGGCUGACAAGUCAAUUGCGGGAAGCCAAUGGAGAGCUGGGGAAUCUGAACAUCGAUCUCUCCGAUGCGACGACACUACUACCGAGUCCAUUUUUCCAGUCAACCCGCUGGAAACAGGGCCAUAUUCCUCUCCAAUCUUCUGUCCAGCCGACGCCGGCCAACCAAUGCAUCAAGUCGACCGAACAUGAGAACGAAUGCCUUCCAACGCCGCAUGAGUUGGACACGUGGACAAUGGACCUAGGCCCAAUUCUUCAGACUCCCAGGGAAGGCACAUCAGAGAGCCUUGAAGCUUUCACGACACCCAUCUCGUUCGCAGGCGAGACCUACUUGCGGCAACUCAGCGACCCCACUACACCGAUAUCCUUUGGGUUCCCAUCCCCUCAUGCGCGUCUAGAUGUGAUGGGGGAUCCGUGCGCCUGCGUUCAAACACAGGCGGUCAACAUAUCCACCCUACAUCAGCUCACAUGUCGUGACAGGUCCGAUCGAUUCGACUUGGCGAUGAAGUCCAUCACAUCAACUCUCGAGACGUGCGAGAAAUUCAUCGCCUGUGAUGCCUGCGACAAGUCCAUUUCAUCAAUCCUUCUCACGCUUUCCGCGAUCGAGCUGAUCUUCACAUUAUUCGAGCAACUGACCAUGAACAACCGGCGCCUGUCGCCUCCGGAAGAAGAGCAACGCCUGAUCCCCUGCUCUCUAGGGGACUACAAAGUCACCAAGGAAGAGGGCCAGGCUAUCCGGAAUGUACUUGUCAAGAUGACCCUCUCCAAGGGGCGGCAAGCCCUCGACGCAUUACAAAACCUUGUGAAUGGAUCCGUAGACUUUCUGGACGAAAGCGGGCAAUGCGAGGCUGCUCUUCCCCGACACGACUCCAGCGCCAACGAGCCAAUGCUAAGAGGCUUGUCCGCCACCGAUCGAGAUUACAUGACCCAAUGUAUCAGCCGCAAAAAUGCGGCAUUGGAAGUUCUCAUGGCUGCGGUUGCCGUCUAG